GAUGUAAUAUACGAUAUUAAACGCAUAUUGAAGAUAAUAGAAAAGUUAAAUUAAACAGUACGUAAAGUAAAAACAUACAUCUGACGUAUUUUUAAAUAUACAUGUAAAAGUGAUUAUUCGUUAAGAGUGAUAGUGUAAAGUGUAUAUUGAUUGUUAAAACAAUGGAAUACGUACUGAUAAAAGACAUACGGCCGGGACAGAAAAACAUUAAUGUAGUGUUUAUUGUUCUGGAAGUUGGUCACCCUACUAUUACCAAAGAAAACCGCGAAGUUCGAACAUUUAAAGUAGCAGAUGGUACAGCAUGUAUGAAUGUUUCAAUUUGGGACGAACCAGGACAGCUUCUUGUACCAGGUGAUAUUGUACGAUUGACAAAAGGUUAUGCAUCUGUUUGGAGACAAUGUUUAACAUUAUAUUCAGGAAAAAAUGGAGAUAUACAAAAAAUUGGAGAAUUUUGUAUGGUAAUAAAUGAACAAUUGAAUAUGAGUGAACCAAAUCCUGCUUUAGCACAACAAAUGAUUAAUCAAAGUGGAUCUGGCCCACCUGGUAGUAAUAAUAAUAGUAUUACAAAUAAUGGAAAUGCAAAUAACAUUGCUGGUCAACCUGGAAGACAACCACUAGCAAUUCAAAGUAAUUCAACUACACCUACUAGUGGUACAUCUGGUAGUUCUACAACAGCAAAAAGUGGAAAUAAUAAUAAUAGUAAUAGUGGUGGAAAUAGUAGUAAUACUUCAGGACUUCCAGGAGGAUCUGCAAGAUAUUCUGGUGAUUCAACAACAAAAACAACUGUUACACCAAAAACUAAUUCUCGUGGUCGUGGGGGAUACAGAAAUGGUGGACGCAGUGAUCGUAGAUAACAUAUAAAUAAGAAACAUUUAAUUAUAUAUGUGUAAUAAAAAUAUGCGAUUAUAUUUAGGUCAACUGUAAUAUACUGUUUUUCUAACAAUUCUGUAUAUGUAUAUUCAUGAAUUAAUGUAUACGAUAAAUCUUGUUAGAAUAUAUCUUCAUGAAUUGAAGACAAUCCAAUUUAAUAGAAUAAGUAACAAGUAAUAUCAUCGAUGAUAUCUUAAUAUUUUAUUUAAAUAUUUUUUAUUUAUAUAAUUAAAUUCUUUAUAUCUUAUAAAUUUCUUUAUAAUCUGGAGCUUGUCUUCAAAUCAUAAUAGAGAUAUCAAAUUUCUCUUAUGCUAAUAAAUGAAUGUAAUAUAUAUAAAGUAUAUAAUCUGCAUUUAGUAAAAAAUGCGUUUAGCAAUAAAUAAUUUUAUUUAGUAAUUUUUUAAAAUAUAUUUUAUAAGAUAAAAAAUAAUUAUAUAUUAUAUAUGUAUAUUUAAUUUACACUGAGUAAAUAAGAAUGAAAUAACUUUCAAAAAGUUUUAAAAUAUUUUUUAAUAUAUAUAUUUGUAUAUGAAUUUUUUAUUUAAUGUUAUAAAAAACUCAUAUAAAAAUAUAUUUUAAAAUAAAAAUAUAUCAAUUUUUUAUAUUUUUAUUAAAAAUGUUAAAUAGAGAAUUUAAUAUUAUUUAUAUUCAUAACUUAAUAUAAUACAAUAUAUCUAUUUUGUAAUUUAAUAUAAUAUUAUAUUUCAUCUAUGUUAAUAUAUAAAAUAAAAAUUGAUUUAAAUUUUUUAGUAAAAAAAUGUAUCACA